UAUUGUAACGAGUGGAGCGCGGGUCAUCAGCGCGUGUAUGGGCUUUUCGUAAAGCAAAGUAUAUUAACAGUGAAAAUAUAUACAGAGCACGUUAGUGAAAGUUUAUUUAUAUAUAUUAAUUUGGCAAAUGAUGGAUCCAGCGAAGCUGAAAGUUGUCGAGCUUAGGGCCGAACUUUCGAAGCGUGGCUUGGACACGAAGGGCAACAAACCCGUUCUCGUCGACCGUCUCAGAAAGGCGUUGGAAGAAGGCACUGAUGACAAUGUCGAAGGAGAACAUUCUGAGGUUAUCUCGGGAGAUGACCAUUCUGCAGAAACCAUGCACAAGAAUGCGAGAGAGAAAACACCUGAGCCUGUUAUUGCCAACAAAACUCCAGGGAGAUCAUCGAGAAGUGGUUCUGGAACGACGCCGACGAAAGCUACUCCUGCCAAAACAAAUCCAAAAAUUGUAUUGACACCAAUUGCUGAAAAAUCAUCACCUGCAAAAUCGCCGAUUCCUGAAAAACAAACAACACCAACAAAAUCUUUUGUCGAAACGCAAGUCACUCCAACGAAAUCUUCAAUUGUUGAGCCACAAACAACUCCAACAAAAUCACCGUCGAUUGAAAAACAAAGCACCCCCACUAAGUCACCAACAAUUGAAAAACAAAUGACCCCUACAAAGUCACCCAUAGCUGAGAAACAAAUGAGCCCAACUAAAUCACCAACAAUUGAGAAACAAAUGACACCGACAAAGUCACCCAUAGUUGAGAAACAAAUAACCCCGACAAAGUCACCAAUAGUAGAGCAACAAACAACACCGAUAAAAUUGCCAAUCGAAGAGAAACAGCUAACCCCACAGAAAUCACUGGUUGUCGAGAAACAAACGACGCCAUCAAAAUCUUCGUUGGUUGAUGAAAAACUUGAAACUUCAAGCGAGUUGAACAUUGAGGAAAAAGAAAAACAGGAAGAGGUAACUGAGGCUGCAGAUGAAUCGACUGUGGAAUCUGAAAGCAAUGAAGAGAAUCAACGACAUGUACUACAAGUUACUGAAAAAGUAACAAGUACAGUAGAAGAAAAGAUUGAACCACUGAACCAAGAGAUCAAAGAGAAUAUGCACAAGGAACAAGAAAACACAGCUGAAGUUUUAAAUGACAAAGAAGAAGAAAGUUUACAUGCUGAAUCCCACAAGCAAGAAAAUGUAACUCAGUCGGAUGAAAAAAUGGUGGAGGACAAUGAAAAAGUGCUUGCCGAAGAACAGGCUAUUCCAGAAGAGAAAACUUUCACAAGCCAGGAGAGUGCAGACGGAAAUGCCGUGGACAAUGAACCGAUGGAAACCGAUCAUGGUAAUCAAGAAUCUUUCCUACCAAUGCAGAUUAAACCUGAUGUCGAGGAUAACGAAGAUGUCCAAACAGGGGAAAACGAAACAAGCAAGACUUCUGCAAGUCGUCCUGAAGAAAGCGAAACUAAUGUGGGUGUUUCAGUGAAAGAAGAGGAGGAUGUUAAGCCCAACAUUGACAAUGCUUUAUCGCUUAGUGAACAGCCGCAAGAUGUUGAAAUGAAGAAUGUUAAAGUUGAGGAGGAGAACGAUUCGAAAGAUCACGACAGAAGAGAUCGCAAAGAUCGUAAAAGAAAAAGAUCACCGAGUCCGCAAGAAGAAAAGGCGAAAUCCCCACCGCCGAGCCGUCACAUCGAUGAGCCUGAGCUCAAUGAGGCAGAUGUGGUUUUAUCGUGGUACGACUCUGAUUUGAAUCUGGUGAUUAGCAAAGACAGCUUUUUAUCUGCAACGGCUAUGCACAACGGAGGAUUUGGUUACAUAUGGGCGGGGGCAAGAGCGUCUUACGGUUUCACCGAAGGAAAGGUUUAUUACGAGACGAAAAUAAUCGAGUUCUGCGAAGUAGAUUUGGAAGAUGAGCAAACACCACACGUGCUCAGAGUUGGUUGGUCAGUACAAGGAACGUCGAUGCAAUUGGGCGAGGAACGGCUAACAUAUGGUUUCGGUGGAACGGGCAAAAUUUCCACGGGCAACAGAUUUACCGACUACGGAAGACCGUUCGGAAAAGACGACGUGGUCGGUUGUUACCUCAAUUUCACCGAAGACGAACACGUCGUAAUGUCGUACACGAUAAACGGCGAAGACAUGGGACCGGCAUUCACGGUGCCGAAGAACGUUCUUGAAGGAAGACCCCUUUAUCCUCAUAUAUUGACGAAAAAUUGUACUUUUGUUUGUAACUUUGGCCAAGAAAAACCUUGGUGCGAAGCGAUUCUCGAAGGCUACAUCCCCGUUGGUUCGGUCGAGUUGAAAAAUCGUGUUCAAGGACCUCGUCGGCCUGAAAAAACUGAGGAAUGUGAAAUUAUCAUGAUGUGUGGUUUACCGGCUGCUGGAAAGACUGUUUGGGCAACAAAAUACGCCGAUGAUCACCCUGAAAAAAUGUUUAAUAUAUUGGGAACUAACAAUCUUAUUGAAAAAAUGAAAGUCAUGGGUUUGCCACGAAGACGAAAUUAUCACGGGCGAUGGGAUGUGCUGAUAGAAAAGUGUACUAAAUGUUUGAACAAACUUUUGGAACUAGCAGUGACACGCAGAAGAAAUUACAUUUUGGAUCAGACGAACGUGUAUCCUUCAGCUCAACGACGUAAAAUGCGUGGUUUUUGGGGUUACCAACGUCGUGCUGUAGUUAUCGUACCAACAGAAGAAGAAUUUAAAUCUCGCACAGCGAAGCGAACAGCGAGCGAGGGCGAAGUUAUCCCCGAAAGCGCUCUUUUAGAAAUGAAAGCGAAUUUUGGUGCACCUGUCGUCGGUGAAACGUUCGACGUUGUUGAAUGGGUUGAAUUACCGGCGGAAGAGGCCAAAAAAUUGAUCGAAAAGUACAACAAAGAGGGUAAAGAAGCUGGCUACGGACAACAACAAGCGAGUAAACGACCGCGGUUUGAAAGAAACGACAACCAUAGAGACAGUCGUGACAGUCGACAAAACAGUCGAGACAACCGAGAUAACAGAGAUAGCAGAGACAGCAGGGACAACAGGGAUAAUAGAGAUAACAGGGACAACAGGGAUCACCGUGACCGAAGGAAUAACUAUCAAGACAGAAAUCGGAACUCGACGUGGCGCUCUGGUAGCAACAGCGGUGGUUGGCGAGACCGACAGUCGAGACCGGUAGCAGGUCACGCACGACACGGAGGCAGUAGCAGCGGAGGCAGUGGUGGUGGAAGUGGUUACGGUCCAUCUGGAGGCGGCUGGCGUGGACGCGGAGGAGGCUCUGGUGGUCCGUCCUCAUCUUAUCGACCGAGCAACGACAGACGCGUCGCCAGCGGUCACGACAGAAGAGCUUCCGGCAUGGACCGUAAUCGUUCGGCACCUUCGCGACAGGGAGGCUGGUCUUCGAUGAGCAACUACCAGAGUUCACAGCAACAAUCUAGCGGUAGCUGGGGAGGAAGCAGUCAAAGUGGUUCUUGGCAAGGAAGCCAACAACAACAAGCCAGUUGGUCAGCUCCGACUGGAGGCUGGGGUCAACAACAACAACAGUGGGGAAAUUGGAAAGGUUAUGGACAGGGAAGCAAUUACAGUCAAGGAAAUUACAGUCAACAGGGUUACGGGAAUGGCAAUUGGGCCGGCUGGAAUCAACAGUAUUACAAUCAGUAUUGGGGUCAACAACAGCCAUCCGGUCAAUCAUCCACAGCUAGUAGCCAAGCUGUAAAUACUAGUAGCAGUACAACAAUGGGAAAUUCGACGAGCAGCACAGGCUCUACGUACAGCAAUUAUUCAUCGGCCUGGCAAGGUUACACACAACCUUAUGGCUAUUCUACUGAAAGUUCUAAUACCCAAAAACAAAAGGAGGAAUAAUAUUUUUACUUGAGAACGAAAUGAAAUAAUGACAAGGGAAACACAUGCAUAAGAAAAAAACAUGAGAAAACGACAAAAACAAAUACUACAACAGCUUCAAAAAAAUUACUCGUCAUAAUCACAUGUCAUAUGAAAACCGCUCGAUACUCGCACUGUUUUCCGUUUCGUUGGGGUCUUCGUUCUACAGAGAAUGUUUUAUGAAUAACGAUGAGUUUUCAUGAUGUCGGAAAUUUGCGAAUGGGAACGACAGAAAAAAAUCCAGCAAUAGAUAACGAAAAUCCAGCAUCAAGUCUUUAUUUUUAUCGGGAAUUUUUUUCCAUAAUCCAACGAUGGAUUGUAAAAAUCCAAACGCGUGGAAAGUUGAGAAGACAUGGGAAAUUCGGGGACUGUAAUUAACUGUGUUUUUAGUUAGUGAACGAUAAUGAGUUAAUAAUGGGUAUCUGUUUAUUCAAUUACAAUUCAUCAUUCAAAAAGGAUUUACAACAAAACACAAAAAAAACCCUGUAGAUUGAGAGUUCGACAAAACUUUUAUGCCUUUGUGUUGGAGUCAACGCUAUUCUUAACAUCUAAAGAAAAUGAAAAAAUAAAAUAAAAAUGUCAUGACAAGUUGUGUAAAUAUGUACAGAUUUCCCAGGUUGAAAUGAUUGCGCAAAAACAGUGUCCCGCAUGUUGAUCCGUACCGUUUCCCGAAAUUGUAUUCUCUUUUAUAAUCGAGAUACACAUUUUCUUUUUCUUUCGACAUUGUUCGAUCAAUGUCAAAUUAUUCCAUCACAAUUCACAUCGAUAUAUGUAUAUGUAUAUAAAUAUGUAUGCGCAUAUAUAAAAACUAACAUUUUGAUUGGGAAAACUUCUUUACGGUACAAAUUCACAUGUAAGGACAUUCCGGAAACUCAGUGUACCUACUUAGGUGAAAAAAUAACCAAACAAAUGAAAACGGGCAGAAUAUUUUUCAUCGUCCUCGUAGUGAUUCACCAACUUUGAAAGUAGGUAACUGAGAACAUUAUUUCGGCCUGUAAUCGUCAGUGUGCAUGACAAUGAUAAUGUGCAUACAAGCAGUGAAAAAGACCGAAAUAAUUAUCGUGCUUGUCUCAUAGCAUUUUCAUUCUAUCGAUUGCUUCUUCAUGUAUGAUUUUCACGGAUGAACCAAAACAUGCGUAUAUGUAAGUUGAUGAAACAAAAGUAUAACAAAAAUAGAUAACUGACGUUGGCGUUUUUAGUCUUUACUAUUGCGAUUAUAUUAUAUUUUCGGUACACUUGGAACAAUAAACGAACGAAAAAACAUGAGCUUGUAAUUUGCGAUGUAUUCGAAUGAUCCACAUUCCUUUUUGUCUUUACGAACAAUCGAUUAUCCGCAAAAUGUGUACGUAAAUACUGAUAGAACAAGAUUGAGUGAAAAGAAAAAUAACAAAAUGUUAUAUGCGUUAUGUUAAAGAUUGACAUGUAUCGCGGCAUUUCGUGAUUUUAAAAGGAAAAUAUGUAAUUAUGCAAUAAAUACUUUGGAGAUUGAAUAACGUCCGAUGGCUGUACCAUUUGCACACACAAUUUUUUUUAAUGCUUCAUUUUUCAACCCAAACGUUCUGUAUGAUUGGGUUCUUUGCUACGAAUGAUGGUGUGUGUGUGUGUGUGUGUAAAAAAUACAAACUGUCUCUCGAGGUCUGUGACUGCGCCGCCCACCAAGUUGAAAUUUCGUUAAAAAGAUGGAAUAGUGGAAUCAAGAGUGAGAACGAGAGCUGAAUCGUGAAGCCUACACUGAGAGAGCCUCGUGUUCUUUCAGUUUAUUGACUAUAUUACUACGUCAAGAACUAGAAGUUGUUUUACACACUUUAACAUAAUCUCAUAAAAAUAUAAAUAAAUUUACUGACGCGCCAGAGAGUCUGCCUAAUCAUUGGUAGAAAUGUAUGGUUUGCAUCUCUGGAAAGAGUGGAGGAAAAUGGAUUUUAAAUGUAUUCGUGGCGUCCAAAAGUUCGUAUAUCCUAGGAACACGAAAAAGGAAUUAAAUCCAUUGGGUAUCCCUGUGUCGAAAUUUUAAUGUUGUUAAGUGUGUUAAAUCGAGAUUAAUUAAGCUGUGCGAAUUUGAGAAUCGCGCGAAAGAUCGAAUAUAAGAAAGGAGUAACUUAGAUCUACUUUCAUCGAUACGCACCUUGUACAGCGGUGCGAGUUUUGAAAAACCGUUACUCCAUGGUCACAAAAAAUAAUAUCGAAUUGAAGAAGAGGGAGGGGGGAGACACUUGAAGAAAUAAUAGCUUAAGCUCUAUAUAUUAAAUCUAAAGUAAAAAUGGAUAUGUUAAGGGAUGACAAAUACGACAUAUUUUUAAAGAAAGAGUAUCUUGCGAUGUAUUCAAUCUGACAUUAUCAUAAGCACAUCACACACUUUUAGCAUAGAGUUUUUAGGAUUAAAGCGUUUCAGUCCAGUUUCAACGUCUUCGGGAGUUUAUCAAUCGCAGAAAGUAAAUAGUCUGCAUUCCUCUUGUGGUCGAUCUUCUUCUCUCACAUCCUCAAGAAAUAAGUGCAUUCAAACAUGUUCAAUUAAUUAAUUUGUUGUUAACGAGCAAACAAAAUGUACAAACCUAUGCAUAAAAAUAAACUUGUAUGAUAAAAUAA